AUGAUAGUGGAUUCAUUAACUAAACGUUUACCACCCAAGACAUUCAUUGGCCAUGUUGAAAGAAUGGGUAUAAGGGAUAAGUCCUUGUUAACAAUGUACUCAAGUACUUGGAAUUCAAUGGAUGAAGACAAGGUUUCUCUGGAUCCCAUUGAAUUUCAUUCAGAAGAAGAGCCUUAUAAAGAUCAUAUGGAUUCUUAUCAAAGAAAAAUAGGAUUAACUGAGGUUGUUCAAACAGGUACAGGUCAGCUAAAUGGUAUUCUUGUAGCAAUUGGUAUUAUGGAUUUUCAGUUUAUGGGAGGUGGCAUG